CCAUCGGUAUGUCCUCCGUCUUCCCGAAAGCCUUCAUUCGGCUCGCUGUCUUCUUUCUAUCGCUCACAACCAACAACCAUAGCCCACAGGCCGCCGGCGGCCGCCAGCCGACGUCCUCCCAUUUCGCUCCCCCUCCUCCGCUGCGGUCGAGCAAAAGUUCCGGCCAUCCGGCAAUCCCCCGGCACCCGGCGGUUCAAAUCGUAUCUUUCUGACCUGACGCGGCUACGACGUCGCUCCUCCGGUCCCUUCGAUCCGGUGGGGUCCGUUUCUUUCAAGCGCGGCCUCGCUGGCCGCCUCGUGGCAGUGACCGUCGAACCCUCUAUAAAUCCCGUGCCCCGAGCACCCUUCCUCGAUCACACAACCCAAAGCAGCCACAGCAGCCUCCUUCCUCCUCUCACUCUCGCUCGUGCUGCGCUCGCUACCUCGCUUCGCAUUCCAUUCGAGGAGAGCGGUGAGAGGGGAGGAAAGGCAAGAUGUUCAUCGAGAGCUUCCGCGUCGAGAGCCCCCACGUGCGGUACGGCCCGACGGAGAUCGAGUCGGAGUACCGGUACGACACGACGGAGCUGGUACACGAGGGCAAGGACGGCGCCUCACGCUGGGUCGUCCGCCCCAAGUCCGUCAAGUACAACUUCCGGACCAGAACCGCCGUCCCCAAGCUCGGGGUGAUGCUUGUGGGGUGGGGAGGCAACAACGGGUCCACGCUGACGGCUGGGGUCAUUGCCAACAGGGAGGGGAUCUCAUGGGCGACCAAGGACAAGGUGCAGCAAGCCAACUACUACGGCUCCCUCACCCAGGCCUCCACCAUCAGAGUCGGCAGCUACAACGGGGAGGAGAUCUAUGCGCCGUUCAAGAGCCUCCUUCCCAUGGUGAACCCAGACGACAUUGUGUUCGGAGGCUGGGACAUUAGCAACAUGAACCUGGCCGACUCCAUGACCAGGGCCAAGGUGCUGGAUAUUGACCUGCAGAAGCAGCUCAGGCCCUACAUGGAGUCCAUGGUGCCACUUCCCGGUAUCUAUGAUCCGGACUUCAUCGCGGCUAACCAGGGCUCUCGCGCCAACAGUGUCAUCAAGGGCACCAAGAAAGAACAGGUGGAGCAGAUCAUCAAGGAUAUCAGGGAGUUUAAGGAGAAGAACAAAGUGGACAAGAUAGUUGUGUUGUGGACUGCAAACACUGAAAGGUAUAGCAAUGUGUGCGCUGGUCUCAACGACACGAUGGAGAAUCUACUGGCAUCUGUGGACAAGAACGAGGCGGAGGUAUCACCAUCAACACUAUAUGCCAUUGCCUGUGUCAUGGAGGGGGUGCCGUUCAUCAAUGGGAGCCCCCAGAACACCUUUGUGCCUGGGCUGAUUGAUCUUGCUAUAAAAAACAACUGCUUGAUUGGUGGUGACGACUUCAAGAGUGGACAGACCAAGAUGAAAUCUGUCUUGGUCGAUUUCCUUGUUGGUGCUGGAAUAAAGCCCACCUCAAUCGUGAGCUACAACCACUUGGGAAACAACGAUGGCAUGAACCUGUCUGCCCCUCAAACAUUCAGGUCCAAGGAGAUCUCCAAGAGCAACGUGGUGGAUGACAUGGUCUCGAGCAAUGCCAUCCUCUAUGAGCCCGGCGAGCAUCCCGAUCAUGUCGUUGUCAUCAAGUAUGUGCCGUACGUGGGAGACAGCAAGAGGGCUAUGGACGAGUACACCUCAGAGAUCUUCAUGGGCGGCAAGAACACCAUCGUGCUGCACAACACCUGUGAGGACUCGCUCCUCGCCGCACCUAUCAUCCUUGAUCUGGUGCUCUUGGCUGAGCUCAGCACCAGGAUCCAGCUGAAAGCUGAGGGAGAGGUAAGAGCCCCCCAAGUGAUUAACCUGAAAGCACGCUGCACGCUAGGUGAUAUAGCACUUUUAAUACCUUCUGGUGUCUCUCUUAUGCAGGACAAAUUCCACUCCUUCCACCCGGUGGCCACCAUCCUGAGCUACCUCACCAAGGCACCCCUGGUUCCCCCUGGCACACCGGUGGUGAACGCUCUGGCCAAGCAGAGGGCGAUGCUGGAGAACAUCAUGAGGGCCUGCGUUGGGCUGGCCCCAGAGAACAACAUGAUCCUGGAGUACAAGUGAGCCAAGUGGCGUGCCCUGCAGCGCGAGGUUAGCUGCUGGAAGGGAACUAGAAAGGCGAGAUUAGCUGUGGGAUUGUGUUGGGCUUGUCGUGUUUUCUUUUGCGUUCUUUCCUAGUCAUUGCUGUUGCGCUUUUGUAUUUGUCGGACCCGUAACUACCAGGGCUCUGCUAUUAGCGGCACGGAGCCUGUAAUUGUAUUGUAUGAUAAUGUGAUCGAGGGUGCUACUUCCCCUCGGCAUUCCUAGUGUUGGUUAAAAGUCGUUCGACAGCAACUUAUCGA